GUCUUGUUCUCACUAGUUUUACCUCGGAACUGAUCAAUAACUUGGAUAAUCGUCAAUCGCUAGUUUAUAUUCUACCUACCUAAAGUAUUCUAUUCGCCGUCUGUAUUGUGGUUUUGUACAUCGGUGUAUUAACUUAACUCUUCAAAAAGAAGUUGUCGAAUACAAUACUUCUACUUUCUACACAUUAUUUCAAAAUAGAUAUUAUCACCAUAUUUUACGGUGACAAUGUUCAAGCAACUAUAAGGGUUUCAAUUCUGUGAAUUUAAGCAACGCAGGAAAAUCAUGGGGGGAAGAGCGUCCAAGCUGUUUAAGAGUUUUUCGAAUCACUCAGCUAGUGGCCAAAGCCUACCAACCGACGACGAAUUUGGCGAUCUAACCUUUAAUGAAAACCUCCAGCAGCAGCAGCAACAAUAUCAGUAUUAUGAGCAACAAAAACAAAGACAACAGCAUCAGCAAGAGUUCACCAAUAAUUCCGUUAGCCCAUUUGUCCAUUACAGAAGAGGAUCCAUGUACAUAGAUGAAGACGGUGACAUGGCGCACGAGUUUUAUGUUGAAGCUAAAGUGGGCACAAAAGUCACUCUCAAGAAAAUUAGUAAAAACUGUUUGAAACCUCAGGGUGACGUCCGAUUGGAUACCCCCUGCAUAAGGAAUGAUUACCCCGUGGUGCUGUUGGAAGAGCAGAGCACCAAAGCAGUCAAGGGAUAAUGAUAAUGGGAAGACGUCUUACUCCUGGUCGGCGCCUUUUGAUCAAAGGGAGUAUGAGACAACUACUUCAAGUCUCUGUCGUCAUUAUAAUAUACCAUAACAUAACUAUUGUAUUGUCAUUGUGAUAUUUUCGGUUCCCUUUGACUGUCGUACAAUCAAAUAAUAUAACGUCAAGUAAAUUUAGUUUGUUUUGCCGGCCAGGAGAACGUCGUGUCCACCUUGCGCGUGACACGUUAACAACUAACGUCCAACUGAAAUACACCAAAACCUACAACGCUUAUCUACUUAUCCGAUAUAAAAUAUAGUAUACAAUUAUAAAACAUAUAUUAUGGUAGUGUGUGUGUGUGAUAAUAGUCAGUGUAUGAAAUGCAAUCACUGUAUUUAUUAUGUACAUAAUAUUGUUAAAUAGCGUAGUAACUAUGUUUGUACGUUUCCAAAGGACUUUUGUUUUGUUUUUUGUUAUCUAACUUGGUACUCACAGAAUACCAAUAUUGGCCUUUAAACUGGAGUAGAUUCCGAUUAAGUGUAUUCGUUUUGUGUACUAAUUAAUUACUAUAGUUAGCUGUUAUUAGCUAAUCAGUUAAUUAGUUAAAAGUUAUUAGCUUAAAAAUAAUUAAAUAUUACUUGUAAUAUUUUAUCAUUACAAGAUUUUUUAAUAGGUAGCAUAAAUAGAUACUAAAUAGGUACACAUUAUUUGGCUCUGUAUAUUUUCAUUAAAUGUUAUCAGAUUAUUAUUGGAUUCAUUGUUUUCAUGUGUUAGAGCUUAAUAAGUUUAUUUAUUUCCGGUCUCUAAUUUAGUCAUUCUAUAAUUUUUUUUACCAAGUUUGUUUUGUGAUUGUUUAUAGCUAUUAGAGUUGAAAUAGAAUUUUAAUUGUUGUUUAGAAUUUAGUCGUCGCCCGUGUGGUUAUUUAUUCGAUUCGUUUUGAUUUAACUAUUUAUGUAAACAUUAACGCAUUGGCACCAUUUGGGGUUCAUUUUUAGCUCCAUAGGUGCUAUUUUCUCUCACCGUUGAUCCAUUUUUACCUAUUUUUUUUUUUUUUUUUUUUUUUACCUAAUUUAUAAAAAAAUUAGUACAAUAUACAACUUUGUAAUUGAACCAUUAGCGACCCAACAAGGUAUAUUAGGCAAUGCCGGACACCUUGCCCCCUUCCCCAAGUGGUGUGCCUGAAUUAAUGCCAAUACAAACGGCGCUAAAUGUACCUGUUAAGCGUACUGAUACUGUUUGUGUUCGACAUUUUUUAUUGUAUUAAUAUGGUUGAGUGUAACUAAUUAUAUAAAUAUUGUAUAUUUCGAGUAUUUUAUUAUCCAAUAAGUAAUAAUAUUUAAUUAUAUAAAGACAUUUUUUUUCGAAAUUUACUAGUUAUAAGUGACGAAGACUUAAAGAUAUAUACAUUACGUGUCAACCAGUUACAGCGUUUGUCUAGCUUUAACGUUCUUCUCGCUAUUAGUAAAAAUGUGAAAAAUUUGUGAAUGUCUG